AUGCCGUGCCCACGGGCCGACAUGAGCACGGCGAGGUUGUUAAGGCCCGCCGGCCUAGCGUGCCGGCACGGCCUGCCUAUGGAGGCCGUCGGCCGUGCCUGGGCCCUCCUUCGGCAGUGGGCCAUCACGGGCUGGCCAAGCUUCGGUGUCGUGCUCCUGGAACUCAUCACGAGGAAGAAAGCCAAGUACGGUGACAACAGCCUCCCUCUAGACUUCGUCAAGUGCUGCAAGGAGGAGGCCAAUGGAAGGAAUUUGUACGACAGAGACAUCUUGCCUGGUGAUGAUGCUCAGGCUCAUCGUCAUAUGGAGAUGGAGUGCCUUGACAGGAUCGGCGCACUCGCGGUUCGAUGUCUCAAGGAAGAUGUGGAUGAGAGACCGACCAUGGCAGAGGUGCUGGAUGAGCUUAAGCAAGUGAAGGCAAUAGCCAGCGGAGGCUCAUCAGGUUCUGUGGCAAGCUAA